CCAAAGGAAGCAGCGUGUUGGUAGUCUGGUUUUGUAGGAGUGAAAGGGCGCAGUGAAGCGCUCUUGGUUUGUAGGGAGCAGCAGACACAGCCCAGUUACUCUGCGGUGCAGAAGAACGAGGGUGGGCAAUUAACUAAACUAAAGCCAAGAAAGAAAUAUAUACUGGAGUGGUGUUUUUUGAUUAAAACAUUUAGUUACAGGUGUUAAAAAAAAGUUUUAGGUUGGAGUUUAUAAGUAAAAAAAAUGUUUAAAACCUUAACUGCGUUACUGGUGUUUUCGAUUACGGGACUGGAACCCACGUAUAUCGCAUCGAAAGGCGAAAACCUCGACGCCAGGAUAUUUAGGGACACAGAUGAAGGGGCAGCGGGUAAUCCCAUAGAGGUAAGACCACAACGAGGCGCGUUUCUGAGCUCACCUGAACAAUUAAAAGGUGUUGGACCAGAACGUGUUUUAAAAGACGAUGCUGAAGCCGAAACAAUGCGCUUGGAAGACGGGAAUCGCCUUCACUUAAAACAGAACAUGCUUGUCAGAAGACACCCCCGAGGGGCAAAUGCUGACAAACCUCGUAUAGGUGGUGGGCAACAAGGUCCCCUGCAGUACCCCCGACCCAUCGACACGACGAACUACUUUACCACGCCUAACCUGGCUUUGCUUACCUCUCAUACCAGCCAGUCCACAGGUAACAAGGAGAGCAAACCGUUAGACCUUUCCAAAGCCAAGGCUGACGCGCCCGACAACGGGAACGGGAGCUCCACGGACAGAAAGAAGACCCACAUCCACAACCCGCUCUACCCCGUCACAGAGAGCUCGUACAGCGCCUACGCGGUGAUGUUCCUCUCGCUGAUUGUCUUCGCUAUCGGGAUCAUCGGGAACCUGUCUGUGAUGUGCAUCGUCUGGCACAACUACUACAUGAAGAGCGCCUGGAACUCCAUCCUCGCCAGCCUGGCGUUCUGGGACUUUGUGGUCCUGUUCUUCUGCCUGCCGGUGGUGAUCUUCAAUGAGCUCACCAAAACCAGGCUCCUGGGAGAUGUGUCCUGCAGGAUAGUGCCUUACCUGGAGGUGACCUCGCUGGGCGUGACCACCUUCAGCCUGUGCGCUCUGGGAAUAGACCGCUUCCACGCCGCCACCAGCACCCAGCCCAAGUCUCGCCCCAUUGAGCCGUGCCAGUCCAUCUUUGCCAAGCUGGCUGUCAUCUGGGUGGGGUCCAUGAUCCUGGCGGUGCCCGAGGUGCUCCUGUGGCAGCUCAGCCAGGAUCCGUCCCCCCUCACAGGCCUGCUGGUGGACUCCUGCACCAUGAAGCCCUCCGUCAACCUCCCUGAGUCCAUCUACUCCCUGGUGCUGACCUACCACGACGCCCGCAUGUGGUGGUACUUCGGCUGCUACUUCUGCCUGCCGAUCCUCUUCACCCUGGCCUGCCAGCUGAUCACCCGCAGGAUCCGGGGGCCUGGGGUCAAGAAGCCGGAGAGCAGGGGUUCCCCGAAAAAACAACACGCGCAGCGCGACAACCAGCUCAACUGCACCGUGGUGGGGCUGGCCAUCAUCUACGGGGCCUGCACCCUCCCUGAGAACAUCUCCAACAUCGUCCUGGCCUACCUGUCGGGGGAGGUGUCCCGCUCCACCAGCGAGCUGCUCGGCCUCAUCGACCACUUCUUUCUGUUCUUCAAGUCGUCCGUGACGCCGGUGCUGCUGCUGUGCCUCUGCAAGCCGCUGGGACAAGCCUUUGUGGACUGCUGCUGCUGCUGCUGUGAGGAGUGCGGCCCCGACUCCCCCCCAGGAGAGGGGCCCGACAGCAAGCUCAGCACCACCGAGAUGUCCUCCUCCAUCUUCUUCGACAAGCCCAAGGUGACCUCCUCCAUCCUGGCCAUCGGCACGCCCUGUUAACUGUUAAUAGGGAUAAUCUAGAGGGUCGUACCGGAGCCCACACCCCCUUUGUUUUGUACUGGAGUCCCCUGAUAUUUGCAGCCCUUGUUAACUGAGCACAUAGAAAGAGAGGAAUUAGCAAGGGUGUGAAGAGACGAGAAAAGUCCAAUGCAGAUUCCUCGCUGCCACACCACAAUUCCAGACAGUUCUUGAGAGUUGGAGUGAUUUGGCCCGUGAAAGCUCAUGGGCAGGUAUAAUCUUUCCCCCUGUAGUCUAGUAAACAAGCUGUGUUUUAAGCACCUUUAGUAGCUUAACAUUAUCGAAACAACUGAUGUUGUUUAUAACCUCCCACUGCUGCAAGUAGAGCAGGGAUAAGGGUCUGUUUCAAUGAUCUGAGCAGCAGAUCAUUCAAACUAUUUUUUUUCUUCAAUAUUUUUGGAUUUAAAGUUAUUCUGUUAACACACACACACACACAUUGCCUGUACAAUUACACUGUGAAAUAACAAAAGCAUAUAUAUAUGUAUGUGCUUAUGCCGUUAUUAUUUACAAUCCUGGUCGCAGAACAUUUUUUAGUUUGUCGGAAUGGAGGGCGGUGUGGUAGCCAGACGGUGCAGUUAAUAGUUUUUUUUCCUCUGGACAAUCGUUUCACAGCACUCAGUGUUUUUCAGCUGAGAGCUAGUAAGAGAAAGUGGAAGUUUAUAUCACCUCAAGGGCUCUCUGUAAUUAACCUUUCAUUUAACGUAAGGGAUGUUUUAGUGUUUUGUUUAGGGCUGACAGGAACCCGCUGCAAUAGAGACAGGGGUUGUUAUUUACAGGGAAUAAUACAUGUAGUGCUUAUACCUGUGAACCAGGACAGAGUUCUAGUGUUUUCAGUUAAUAAUACAAGCAGGUUUACUUUAAUAAUUCUUUAUAUUAACAUGGCAAUAACUACCAGUAAUAACAAUUUGUAAUUGUCUGUUCUUUCCUUUCCUCCAUCCUAACCUUAGCCUAUUCAUUAUAAACUGGUAUUACACAGGAACAGAAGAAUCUGUUAAAGAUUUGAAGGGAGAGAGUGGAAAUUACACACAGCUACCCUCAUUAUUUCCGGUCAAUAUAUAUAUAUAUAUAUUAGAGGUCGGCACAGGUAGAAAAUCCAGAACCAGAACCCGCUACCCGGAUCUUUUUCGGGUAAUGAUUAAAAAUAAAAUCAUGUAUAUUAAUGUUUUAAGUGCAUGAUACUAUAUAGUACACAUACAUUUAGUCCCUUCAGAUCUGUAGACUUGUGUAACAUCGAAAUAAUAAUAAUAAUAAUAAUAAUAAUAAUAAUAAUAAUAAUAAUAACUUCACUGCUCAUUUCUUGUAAAGACACCGACAUAUCUGAAUUUUGUUCAUCGCGGUUUUCUUUUGAAACCUCUCCAAUCACACGAACAUCAUUUGUUAUUUUCCUCAUGUUGUUUUGACAAGUUUUCAAACUGUCUGGAAACGAGUAUCCAUGGCACUGAUAAAUCAGUGAAAUUGUCGGGGUAUGGGAUUUGUAGUUUUUAAUGUGUGAUUAACAGCUAAAAUUAAAAAUCAUGUUUAUUUUGUAUAGUCAACCAUUAGGAAUUUCUAGAGGCACACAUUCAAAUUUACGUUCAUGCAAGCACAUUCUUAGUGGCAUAUGCAACCAAAUUAGUGGCACUUAGAGCCCUGUUGUGUUGUUUUGUUUCCGAUUUAGUUCCUGAGAAGAAUAGUUACUGCAGUUGUUAUUAUUGAGGUGUACUUGCCACUCUGUGUUAUUGUUUUCUGUAAAACAUUGAUAUCCUGUCAGUUAAGAAAAGGCAUCAUGCAAAAACUUGUUUUAACACUGUCUUUAUUACACCAGCCAGAGACCCACGCUUACAACUGCAUUGCCAUAUUUUCUACAUUUUCCUUAAAUUCUCAAAUUAAUAAUCGAUACACCCGGGUAGUAAAAAGAGACCCGGGUAGUGUCGGGUAAUUUAAAACCGGGGUUUUACCGUACCCGUGCCGACCUCUAAUAUAUAUAUAUAUAUAUAUAUAUAUAUAUAUAUAUAUAUAGUGGACUGUCCCUGUUUAUUCAGGCUGCUGUUUUUGAGCUUCAGUGAUUAUGGGAAACAUGUUUUGUUUGUUUUUUUAUUCAACACAAAAUGGCAUGGCAAGAUACAUGAGGAAACUAGAGCUCUUUUGUUAUUGUUGUUACAUUUUCUUAAUAAAACAUUUGUAAAUGA